GAUUUGAAGGGACGUUUGCGUUGAUACUAAAGUUUCAGCGGGACAUCCCCCUUAUGACACACUUCUGGCUAAACGAAGUGGUCAGCGUCCAUACUCUGUUUCCCGGGCUGUUUCCUGAUGCUAAGUUUGCCAACCAGGUAGUGACGACGUACAGACUUGCAAACCAUCUCAACACCAGCGCCUUUCUGUCUCCACGUUCCUACCUGUGCAAGAAAGACGAGCUUUUCCCCUUGGAUCAGUACGUUGAAGAGCUGCCGACAAAUGUCACAAUACACUACAUUCAUGUUCAACCGUUUAAGGUUCGUGUUGGAGGCAAGUUUGCAGAAACAGAGGAAUGCCCGCAGGACUUUCUAACUACAACAACAGAACCACCCUACCCGGUUACUACCGAAUCACCGGUUAUCCCGGUCGGCCAUUUUGUUUUGCAAGACGACAAAGGUCAGACCUGUUUGUUAGCGAACUUUGGCGCCAUGUUUCGCGUGGAGUACGACCUGACGUCACAGGGCAUGAUCCGCAACGCCAUCUACGUUCUGCCAGCAAACUGCAGCGUGUCCGGCUUUUGCGGAGAAGAAGCUGUUCACGUAACAUUGAGUUUUGACACAGCUUUUAAUCUUAGCGCUUCUUUUUCGUCCGACGGUAAGGUGUUUAAGCUGGUGUCUUUGUCAGUAGGAUACGUGAGAAGUCCCGACCACUUUCCAGAUGCUAUGUACCCAGAUACAGGCGACAUUGAAGAAUUAACGAACUUAACGUUAGUGACAACCGAUGUUGGGAAGUCGUAUCUUUGCAAGGAGGCAGGAGUGAUCAAGGUUGGUGCUAGUGUUGUGCUCGAAGUCUUGGAGUUACAAAUCCAGCCUUUCGACGUGAAGAACGGGCGUUUUGGUGAAGCGAGCGAGUGUAACAAUGACAUUCCAACCACCAAUGCAAGUUACACCGUUGUGCCAGCGUCCUCCGUUCUCCCGACCAACCCUACAACAAACAUGCCGACACUACCGCCCCCUAGCGGCCCCACCGAGCCACUGCAGGGCAACUACACAGUGCACGAUGCGGAGGGGAAAGUCUGCCUUCUCGCAGACUUUGGCCUUCAGCUCAGAAUCAACUACACCCGACAGAACGGAAAGAUUGCCACGGGUGUUGUCAAUGUUCCAGUCAACGCUGAAGUUUCUGGUACAUGUUCUAACACCCACUCGUCGCUGACUCUUUUAUUCUACGACGAAACGUUCAAUCUGACCAUCUCCUUCGCGAUGAGCAAGAACAAAGCUGGCUCAAAAACUUCUCACUGGACAGGCCUUCACCUCUCGUUUGAAGAAGCGCCCUCUAUCUUCCCCGGAACGAAACGCAUCAACGACCCUAGGCUCAUAUCUAACACUAGUCUCGAUCUACUUACAACCAGUGCGGGUAAGUCGUACAAAUGUAACGCAGACGUGAACACGACAAUAACCAAGGACAUGGCGAUACUAGUACGACUCGUUCACGUGCAAGCUUUCGACGUAGAGUCUGGGCAGUUUUCAGCCUCAGAAGAAUGUGUCCAAGAUUCUAAGGGUUCGGUGGAUAAAACUGCGAUAACUGUUGUUGGGGUUAUUCUGUUUAUCAUAGCCCUGUCUAUAGCUGUCGUUGGUGUUGUCGGUAAGAGGAAAGCGCAAAAGAUGUACGUUCGUCUGCCAUCAUUAUUGGACUGA